AUGGCUGGCAAGAUAAAACAACUUGGACAGCGUGCCAGUUUGUCAGUGACAAUCAUGUGUUCUAUGGAUUGGUUGAAGGUCACAGUUAGUGCAACGUCAAGCACCGAAAAUCGACACAUAUUUCAUGAUGAAUUAUCUCUGGGCUGGAGCUGCCCCCCGACUUCAUUACAUACAUAUGAGUAUGACUUUGUAUACCUAACUUCUGAAUGUGGCAUCAGGACAGAGGAGAUUUUUUCAGAACAUCUUCUCUGUUUUCACACUGAGAUAUACUUUCGACCUAGGGAUAUGCAUUCUAAUCCUCUGAAAACCCCCUUGGUGUGUUUUGCUUCUAGAAAGACUUUUCCAAAUAUGUCAUCCUUAUCUGCUUUCUGUUCCUCUGUUUUAUUUUAUUUUUUUUCCUUUAGGAAAUCAGUGUGGAUUUUACCAGUUUCUAAAGAAGAUGAAAUCAAACUGGAACCCAGUCCUUUUAUGGUUGAUUUUAAGGCCACAGACGAAGAGUUGGGGUUGUUAUCUUGUAGUCAGAAUAAUGCUCCUUAUGGCUAA